AUGAAGAACGAACACCCAAUAUCAGUCACCAAGCUCAUCAUCUACACCAUAAUGCCUCUCCAACGUCCGAUCACCGGAUUUCUCCUCUUCUUCGCCGGAAUAGCUAUCGGAAUAACUCUCCGGUCCCAUCUCAAAGACUUCUCCUUUACUUACUCUCUUGACCCUCAACUCUCUCUCCCAAAUCCUCUCCCUCUCACCUCUCUCUGGUCACCGACACAGGAAACCACCACAGAUUCUGGCAACAUGGGAACUGUCAAAAUCAAUAAUUUCAUGGGUCAGGAUCACAAAGAAGACGACGACCAAGAUUUGAUUAACAGGGUAUUGAAAAUGGAUUCGCCGGCGAUCCGGGGAAGUACACCGGCCGGCAAGGUGGCUUUCUUGUUCUUGACAAAGGGAUCCCUGCCGAUGGCGCCACUUUGGGAGAAAUUCUUUGAGAAACAUAAAGGAAAUUUCAGUGUUUAUGUUCAUACUCAUCCUCUUUAUAAUUGGACUCUACCAAAAAGACUCUGUUUUUAUGGCUCAAUAAUUCCAAGCAAGCAUUUACUCUUACUUAAUGGGCUCGCCCAAAACUUUGUGAAGCCUUCAUAUGACUCAUCUCCGGUUGGAGGUAAGUUGUGUCUUCACCUUAAGGAUCAUUAG